AUGCAAGUUGAUGUCGACGAAUCAUUUGCCGUUCCAUUGAACUCCAGGACCAUUCGACCAAACCAGACGCAUCGACAGACGGAUGCGCUAUCGCCAAAUAGGCUCUCUCGUGCGUACUCUGUGCAAGAUCUGCGCCGUGCAGGCGUCUUCUCGUCGAGCAAUCCUGGACAGGAGGCGCUGGAGCGGUACCCGCAUAGCGAUUGGUCUGACGAUGUCUUGGAGGUGAUUGAUAGGCUCGGAGAGGGCGUAGGUGGUGCGGUUCAUUCCGUGAGACAUACUCGGACAGGGACUACGAUGGCGAGGAAGACGAUCACGACGCGGGAGGCUCCGAUCAAGCAGCUCGUUCGGGAGCUGACGAUGAUCACUACGAUCUCGCACCCAAAUAUCGUGCACUUCUAUGGGGCUUAUAUGUCCCCUUCGUCCAGUGAAGUCAAGGUUUUGAUGGAGCUUUGUGAAGGCGGGAGUUUGCAAACAGUGGUGGAGAGGAUCAAGAGGAGGAAGGGAAGAGUGGGAGAGAAGGUCGCAGGGCGAUUAGCGGAGGGUGUUCUACAAGGACUGGCGUACUUGCAUUCAAAACGUCUAAUUCACCGCGACAUCAAGCCUUCGAACAUCCUGCUCUCCAGACAAGGUAUCAUCAAGCUGUGCGACUUCGGUGUCUCUGGAGAACUCGUCAAGUCUCACGCCGAUACGUACACCGGCACUUGCUACUACAUGGCGCCGGAACGCAUCACGGGAAAUGAGUACUCCAUUCGGGCAGAUAUCUGGAGCACAGGGCUUUCGAUCCUCGAGCUGGCUCAGAACCGGUUUCCAUAUCCUCAGGACUUGCCCUUCAUCGAUAUCAUGAUCCACAUCAGCCAAUCCGAGCCUCCCCAAUUGGAAGACGACCCGGACACAAAAUGGAGCGACCCCAUGAAGGAUUUCAUCCGAUUAUGUCUGACGGUCGAUCCGUCUCAACGACCAACACCGAAGGACAUGUUGCACCACCCAUGGAUCGUCAAGAUGAUAAAAACCAAGGUCGACAUGGCGCAAUGGAUUUGCGAUGUGUGGGGCUGGGACUCGCCUGAGCACCCGAGGUGCCCUCUUAAAGAAAAGUGA